AUGGAAGAGAAAGAAAAUAUAAUCUUUGUGCAAAUUGUCGAAAAAUAUCCCUGUUUGUACGACUAUACCCAUCCCGAAUAUGCUAAACGUCAAGUUGUUGAAAAAACCUGGAAUUUAGUGGCUAAAGAAGCAAAAAUAUCAGCAACACAAUGUAAAGAGAAAUGGAAGAACAUCCGCACAGCAUUCAGUCGAGCUCAAAAAAAACCUCGAUCUGGCUCAGGAGUUAAUAAAAAGAAAUAUUACCUUCAAGACGUAUUGCACUUCCUUGUACCUUUCAUUAAAUCGAGAUCUCAAUCCGGAAAUUUACUAUCCCCUAGCAGUGAAAAUGACCCUGCCACUGACACAACGAAUAUGUCGGAUGUUGAGUCAGUACAAGAAAACGUUGACUCGGAAUGUCCAUCUCAAGCACAACCUACAACAGAUGGUACCGAAUCGCUAACGCAAAAUGAGAAGGUUGCGUGUUCUUCAAAGAGUGGCACAGUGACUAUUUCUCGAUCAAGGCCAGGAAAAAACAACUACGAUUCUUUAACCAAGGAUGUUUUGACCACUGUGCAAGAACAUUUUAAGCGUCCACGUACAGAGGAAGACCGUUUUGAUGUUUUUGGGAAAACUGUUGCUAUGAAACUAAGAGAAGUGGACAAAAGGCAUAGUCUAAUUGCAGAAAAAAUAAUCAACGAUGUAAUAUUCGAGGCUGAACUGGGCGGCCUUACACUGCAACAUAGAUGCGUUAACAUGCAGGAAAUGUAUAAUGCAAGAAAUCCUAACAUGCAGCAACACCAGCCACUUAUAUUGCCUUGCCAGUCGGCUUCCAAUUCUACAUCAUAUUCGUCCUCUACCAGCUUUAUUAGUACUCCUGCUACAAGUCUAAAUUGUCAAUUCCAACAAAACAAUUCAACAAACCAACAACAACUGUCUUCUGAUGAUGUAGUGGUUGUACGAUUGAACAAUACAUCUGCUGCUUCUUAUUUUACCGAAUUCACAGACGAUCAAGUGGAAAUGAUCGAGGAACCAGCCCCAACAUCUUGCGUGAAUGAAGUAACAUUAACCACAGAGAAAAACGAGAUUAGUCCAAAACAAGCAAGGUCAAGUGAAAAUGGACGCUGUAAUGACUCCAACGAACGCGGGCGACUUCCUGGGUCAAGACCUGAUCUGUCAAAGAAAAGAAGAAGUGAGGAGCUGUCAAAUGAUGUUUUAGUUUCGGGAGAAAACUCAAACAACACGCAAGAUACUACAACAUACAUCAAUAGUGAAUCAACAACUAACAAUAGUGAAUCAGAAUCAUCAAAUCAUCAUUCAUCUCGCCCACCGAAACCGAGUAAAUCAAAAAGACUAGAUGAUUCCUUCGCCAACGAAGUUUUGGUUUCGGUGCGAGACCAUUUUAAGCGUCCACGAACAGAGGACCGCCGCGAUCUUAUCGGGAAAGAUGUGGCCAUUAAACUGAGGGCGUUAGAUGCCAAAAAAAUACUAGUAGCCGAAAAACUUAUAAAUGAUUUAUUAUUCGAAGCAAAAAUCGGACAUCUGACUCCCGAUCAUGCCUAUAUAAGCAUGCGAGAUGUUUUGAAACAAAAUAAUCAACGAAACUAUGUUCAUGGGACGUAUACUCCUGUAAGCUUUGUUGCUUCAGGAAAUCCUAGCCCACCUUGCCUUCCCAUUCCCAGUCAACAUUCCGAGCAAUAUUACAAACUAGUCAUCUACUCAACAGUCAUCAUGUCAUCCCCUACUCACAAAUGCAAACACUUACACUUUCAAGAAAUCAACCCGGUGAAACAGAAGUACUGGUAUCGAUUCCAGAUUCUGCAGCAUCAUUCGUUACAACCUUUAAUGCUGAUACAUGAUUUAUAUGCGACAAUGACUUUUGUGUAG